AGUGUCUGAGGAGGAGCAGACCUCUCUGAUUCCCUUCCCUCUCCUCCCCUCCCUCCUCCUUCCUUCCCCUUCUUUCCCUCAUUCUUUCUGUCUCUCUUUCUCUCUCCCCGUUUCUCUAUGAUUUGGCCUUUCAUUCUCUGGAAAUUAAAUGAUGGUAGGUCUGAAGUUCUAGCAAAAGAUUUAAUGUACAAAAGUAUUUUUAGAUAUUCAGCUGUACAGGCAUUAUUGUUUUACCUUCUUGGCUUUAUUCAUCAGUUUUGGACAUGACAGCAUUUAAAAGGUUAAUGCCCAUUUUCGUGGCUAUUGGCUGCCUCAUUAGUCAUGGAACAACUCAGCAACAAUGCUCAAAUGGCUUUGAGAUGGAUCGUGUGUCAGGCCAAUGCUUAGAUGUUGAUGAAUGCCGCACUAUUGCUGAGGCCUGCAGAGGAGAUAUGGUGUGUGUCAAUCAAAACGGGGGCUAUUUAUGCAUUCCACGAACAAAUCCCAACCAGCGAUCCCCAUAUACGAAUCCUUACGGACCUAGUUUGUACCCACCGCCUCCAGUCCCAGCUCCUGUUCCAAAUUAUCCUACUGUGGGAAGAGCACCUCCCAUUUGUCGGUUUGGGUAUCGAAUGAAUGAAAACAACCAGUGUGUAGAUGUCGAUGAAUGCGCAACUGAAUCACAUCAGUGUAACCCUACCCAAAUCUGCAUCAACACUGAAGGAGGAUACACUUGUUCCUGCACUGAGGGAUACUGGCUUUUGGAAGGCCAAUGCUUAGACAUAGAUGAAUGUCGCUAUGGAUACUGUCAGCAGCUAUGUGCCAAUGUACCUGGCUCCUAUUCCUGUACCUGCAACCCAGGAUUUGUACUGAAUGAAGAUGGAAGAUCGUGUCAAGAUGUAAAUGAAUGUACAAGUAGCAACCCUUGUGUACAAAACUGUAUCAACACCUAUGGCUCAUUCCUUUGUCGUUGUGAUCCUGGCUAUGAGUUGGAGACCGAUGGUAUUAGCUGUACUGAUAUGGAUGAAUGCAGCUUCUCAGAAUUUCUCUGCCAGCAUGAAUGUAUUAAUCAGCCAGGGAGUUACUACUGUUUCUGCCCAUCUGGCUAUGUUCUUGUUGAGGAUACUCGAUGUCAGGAUGUUAAUGAAUGUGAGGUUGGGAAUCAUACUUGUAAUGUGCAGCAAACAUGUUUUAAUGUCCAAGGAGGAUUCAAAUGUCUAGACCCAGUAAGAUGCGAGGAUCCUUAUAUCCGGAUCAAUGAAAAUCAUUGUAUAUGUCCAACUGAAAACCCUAACUGUAGAGACCAGCCAUUCACCAUCUUGUACAGAGACAUGGAUGUAUCAGGACGUACUGUGCCUGCCGAUGUAUUUCAGAUGCAAGCAACCUCUCGCUACCCUGGUGCUUAUUACAUCUUUCAGAUUAAAUCAGGAAAUGAAGGCAGAGAAUUCUAUAUGCGGCAAACUGGACCUAUCAGUGCCACUCUUGUGAUGACCCGUCCUCUGAAGGGGCCACGUGACCUUGUGUUGGACCUGGAGAUGGUCACUGUUAACACUGUCAUCAAUUUCAGAGGAAGUUCUGUCAUUCGACUGAGGAUUUAUGUAUCACAAUAUCCCUUCUAAACCUAGACUGGCAUUGCUUUCUUUAAAACUACCACAGCAGCAGCUGAAAAUGGACUAUUUUCUACUCUUUUUUCUUCUCAGGAGUCUUCUCACAAUCCAACCUGAAAUUAGUAUUAAAUCAUGUUACAAUGGUUCAUGUUACAAUAACUGGACAGUAGUUCUUGUGGUUAAGAGACACCUGAGCUUUGAAUUAUCAGUGGAUUCCACAGAUUUAUUUUAUUUUAUUUUGCUCAUGAGUGUUUAGAUACUUUGGUCUUGCUUUCCAAACUUUUUCUAAAGUGUGAUUAAAAGCUUUAAAAACUGUGAAGAUUUUCACUGUAAUGGCAAUACUGUUUGGCCAAGACACUAGAGAAACUGGGAAAAAUUAGCUUCUACUGUUCUGCUUUCUAAAAAUGUAAGAAAAAAUGCUUGUGGAACCAGAAAAGCAUCAGCUAGUCUCUCUCUCAAAAAAAUAUGGAAUAAUCUUACAUUCUGAAUCCUGGGUCUGAUUCAGGAGGAAUAAUUCCUUAUUGGCUUUGCUUUAUACUUUCCCCCUUUCUUACUUCCAGGCUAGGAAAUUGACUGCCUGGAGAUCUUAACUAGAAUCCAAACCAACCACAGCUAUUACGCCUGCUUAGGUUAGCUUUGUGCUUGUACUUCUUGAAUAUACCCACUUACACUCUAGGCAACCUGUUCUUAAAAUAGAGAUAAUUUUCAAAAACGGUGUUUUGAAACAACAUAGAUGGCAUGUCAAGUUUAAUGCUCAACUUUAGUAGAUUUGAAAAAAAGUUAUUUCAGGCACAAGAAAUCAGGCAGACAUAAAAUAAUUCUUUAGAUAUUGGCCAUUAUGGAUAGUAUGCAUGUAACUUAAUGACAUACUUUGAGUUAUUUACUCAAAAAGAGGCCAUUAUCUUUUCAUAAUCUAUUCCAGGCUCAUUUCCUUAAUAAUCUCAAAGCAGCCCACUGCUGUGUAAUAAUAGCUCAAUAUGAAAUCAGCAGAAAAGAUCCACACAUAUAGGUCAUUUUAGCAACUCUUAACAUAAUUUUAUUAUGCUUAUUUUAUAUUACUCUUCUUUUUUCUGCAUAGGAAAAGACAUGCAUCUACAAUUCAAGAAAAAAGAUACCCAGGCUAGUAAUAAGGAUGGCUUAAUAUGAGAGUAUAUAAGUUCCUAGCUUAGUCCCUACUGUUUCCAAAGACUUCAGGAAGCAGAAUGGCAAAACCUCUAUCUAAUGCCUCAAGUAACAAGUAGCCACAGCCAUUAAAUUGGCUAGUCGGUUGAUCUUGAAAAAAACUAAGUGUGCUGUAUUCAGUGUUAUAUGUUCUACAUAUAGUCCUUGAUUAACAGCUACUCGUUCAGCAACUGUUUUAAGUUAUGAUGGUUCUGAAUGAGGCAACUUAGAGUUGGUCCUCAAAAUUGCACCUCUCGUGGCAUCUCUGGGGGUGCACAUGAUCACAAUUUGGGUGCUUGGCCUAGGAGUGCAGUGGUUAGAAUGCAGUAUAGCAGGCUAACUCUGCCAACAGUCUGGAGUUCGAUCCUGACAGGCUCGAAGUUGACUCAGCCUUCCAUCCUUCAGUAAAAUGAACCAGAUUAUUGGUGCAAUAUGCUGACUCUGUAAACUGCUUAGGGGGCUAUAAAGCACUGUGAAGCAGUAUAUAAGUCUAAUUGCUAUUGCUUGGCAACUAGCUUGCAAUUAUGAUGCUCCACGCAAUCACAUGACUGCAUGAUGUGUCCUAAAGUCAUGUGAUUGUCAUUUGAAACCUUAUUGCUGGUUUCUGGCAUGCAAAGUCAAUGGGGAAACCAGCAGGAGGUCACAAAUUGUGAUCAGGUGACAUAACACACACAGGAUUUGCCUAAUGACCUCAAAUGGUCAUGCCAGGUGACACGUUUCAUAACCAUGUUGGUUAAUUAUGGACUUCCUCAUCCCAAUUACUGUUGUUACCCAUCAUUGCAUGACUGGACUCAAUUUUAUGAUCAUUUUUAUCAUGGUCAUUACGUGAAUCACUGUGGUUUUUAAUCAUGUGAUCAAUAAUGUCUCUGGAGAUUCUCAGUCAACCAGAUCAUAUUUGUCCCAAAGAUUCUUUUCAAAAGGCAACUGGACUUUCUUGGUUUUUUCCUUGAAAACUUUCCGUUUCUCAUCCAACAAGCUUCUUCGGUUCUGACUGAAUAGUGGGGAAUGGAAGAAUUUAUAUUCUUAUAUUUAUAUUCUUUCCACCAUUCAGUCAGGACCAAAGAAGCUUCUUGGAUGAGAAGUGAAAUGUUUUCAAGGAAAGAGCCAAGAAAGUCCAGGAGCCUUUUGAAAAGUACCUUUGGGACUAUGUGGCCAAUAAGUGAAACCAGGUCACCCAGUUGGCUCUGUGCCUAAGAUGCAGCUAGUCCUCACUGUUUGGAGCUUUACCAGUAAACCAAACUAGCUUUUUUACAGCUCUUUUAUAUAUAGGAAUAGUUUAUCUCUUAAAUAUUCCAAUACAUGAAUUACUUCAUACUUUACUAUAUUAUAAACAUUUUAAAGAAUGCCGCUAUAGAUAAAAUCACAUAAGAUUAAGGAAGCACUAACUAGCUAUGCUGAAUCUGAUUUCUCAAUGCAUUUUCAAAAUAAUGUAUGUGGUCCAACUUUCAACAGAAGCUCAGUAAGGAUUAGAUUUUUUAAAAAGCUGAUUGCACCUGUCCUGGGAUUUGAGAUCAUAGCUGUGAUUGCACUUACACACAUAUUUGGGGAACAAUUAUUUAUAGGAGUAAAAAUCAAAACAAAUCAUAGUAGCAAUGAACAUAAUUCUAUCAUUUGCAGAACAUGUAUGUUUAAUAAUUGCUUUCCUGCACAUAUGCUUU